AUAACUUUUUCAUAUGAUCUCUUGGGUUGGGUUUUUUUGAAUAGGAUUUUACAAAAGUAGGUGGUAUAUUGUUCUGCGUUGACUGAAUUAUCUGAACUACAACUAGGAAUUGUGCAUUGCCGUAACGAUAUGAAGGCUUUAGAUGCGGUCAUUUUGCUAUUUUCUUUUAGGUCCCACUUGUGCCUUUGGGUGAUGUAAUAAAAAUGUUCUGUGAUAGGUUCUUAACUUCGCACGGUCACAGAAAACCUGGAAAUAUGAGGGCAUUUUAAAAUCGCAAGUUCAGAGAUUUUCCAAAGGCAUGGAAAUGUUUAAAAUCGUAAUAGGUUAUACAAAAGUCAUGUAGUGUAGAGAAUAUGCAGAUGUUUUGUUGGUUAGAAAUGGCUUAUGCAAUCUCUAUGCAUGAACGUGAAACCAUAUUACAUUAAUGUAGAUAAAUCAAUAAAAAGCAUUAAAAUUAAUCGCCUAUUUUUAAACCGUAUUUAUUUUCUACUUUAAUUUUUGUGCAAUAUUCUUUUCAAUAACACCUCUACCUUAAUGCACAGUUUUAAAGACUUCUUUUUUUUUCGUACCCUUAGCCCUGUACAAGUUCUUUCAAGCUACGCCCUUUUAAAUGUAUUUGUUACUGUACUUUUUUUCUGAUAUUGGUUAAUUUACUAUAUUUUGUAAUGGACUAUAAUAUAGGGAGGGAGAGAAGAACAGCAGAACUCCAGUAUCCACAAGUAUCCUUUCUUAAUGCACAUGGAGCAGCACGUGGAUUGUGAGCGAGCAGAAUCACUUUCCCUCUCACUUCAGUUUAUUUAGAGGAAGCAGUGCACAGACUAGGCCUUUGGUAUUGUUAUGACAUUACUUCCAGACAGCUGAGACUCAUCCUAACACGUGCACACAUCCCAUCCACAAAGCCCAACGCUACGCCCUUCUCACCCCCCCACCCCUGCGCUAUGAGCAGAGGUAGAGGAGGGUUUUACAAAGAUUGCCAGCAAUUCUCCCACCCUCCCCAACAGGGAAAACCUCAGUUUCAUUACCACCAAAACACUGGUCACCCACGGGGCCCUCGUGUCCCAAGCCCAGACUCUGUAUCUGGAAGCUAUCCGCACCCUUCCUUUUACUCCACUCGCCCGGGUGCUCCUGGCGUGCCUUCACGAGCUCGUCCUUUUCCCCCUAGCCCCUCUGAUCCACCCCUGUGGGCAUCCCCCCAGCACGGCAGUGAACAGAUCUUCAACUCAAAUGGUCUAAGCUUCCGACAACACCAGGUGCAGUUCCUCAGGGGGCAGAGUGCACAGGCUCCACAGUUCAAAGCACCCCAGCAGCGAGCGUCCCAAACCUCCAGCCGAGGAGAAGAGGUCUCUACUGGGCGUAUCCAGUACCAGGCAGGUUAUCGUGACUACAAAUCAAGUGGCAGCGGUUUUGGAAGAAGAGACUGCUACGGCAGAGGCAGAGGAAACUGGCAAAGGGAUCAGAACUUCGGAAAUAAACCUGGACCUAAAAGAAAGUCUCACUGGAAUCACUAUCUCCAGAAGGGACAGUAUUAUCCCAGUCAAUAUACUAAGCACUACUGGAAUACACAGGUAGAUGAUGUGUCCUCGGGCCUUCAUGAUCUGCGUUUGGGUGACCAGGUAACAAGGGUAGACACCUCUGACACCUCGUCCUGCAGUAGCCUUGCCAGCAAGGUUUCCAGUUCUCUCGGCUCGGUCAGAGAGUCCCUGUAUUUGACCCCUGAGAUCCAGCAACUGGUCCUCGAUUUUUUGACGUCACUCAGGCCAGGCGAGACUGUUCAGGCCAGGGCCUUGGGUAAAAAACUCUGCCUUCCCAAGAAGAUUGUUAAUAAGGCAUUAUAUGCCCUCUUAAGGACAAACCAAGCCGUAAAACAAGGUGAGAGUCCUCCUCUGUGGAGCCUCCGCAAGGAAGAGGACCGUGAGCCCAUCAAAGAGAGAGGCCAAACUCAGUUUUCAAAGGAAUCUGAAAAAAAGCCUGGUCAGAAGUCAUCCAUAAACCUAGAGUCUACAGGGAAUCUCAUCAACACCUGUGCUUCCUCUGCAUCACGGGUCCUUGUUGAGGCUGACAGCGAAUCCACUGACCAGUCAGAGGACUCUGAAAGUGAAGAUACCUUUGAAACAUUGCUUCCUGACCGGGAUCAAAACACUCUUUUGCCUGCUGUGCAGUCAGUAACCUUGUCAACAAUGGCCGAUACUAAAGAUAGCAAAGAGAAGGUCCUACAGUACCUCUAUGAAGCAGGUACAAGCAAUGCGCUUGUGAUUGCCAAGAACCUUGGCCUGAGAAGUGCCAAGCAGGUUAAUCCCACGCUCUAUGCAAUGGAGAAACAAGGAGACGUAAAACGUGACUCUGAAGUUACACCGCCUACCUGGUCGCUUAGUGCACAUCGGCAAGAAAAGAUGGACCGCCAACGAAAAGCCGCUGCAACUGCAAAACAGGAUGAAAGCAGUGCACAGAUGAUUAACUUUGCUGUGGAAGCAAUUACAAACAUAAAUGCUGGACUUGAGUUUUCAGGUGAUACCACAGCAAAGCCAAUGGAGAUUUUAGGCAACAACACGCAUGAUAACACAGAGCUUAACAAGCCUGGCCAUGAAGCAAUGCCACCCAAACCCAGUGAACUUUCCUCCCACACCUUCCACUACUUCCAACCUCCUCCUUACUAUCAGGAUAUGGCCAGUAAUGGAGGAGAACGCUCACAGUGGGCAUCUGACGAUAUUCCAGAGUUCCUGAACACGAUUCGCUCCGAGGUUGCUGUUUCGUUGGCUGCUCCCCCUCCCCCAGCUCAAAGCCUGGAGUCGAGCAGACUGCAGAAACUGAGAGAGGCCCGCAGUAAGAACCCAGUUAGUGGACUAAUGGAGUUUGCUCAGCAUCUUGGACACACUUGUGAAUUCCUACUUCUGGACCAGUCUGGACCCUCACAUGAUCCCAGGUUUCGGAUGCAGGUCAUGCUAGAUGGUCGUAGGUUUCCACCGGCUGAUGGUCCAAACAAAAAAGUGGCCAAAAAAGAUGCUGCAGCCAUAACACUAAAGAUUCUUUUGAAGGAGAUGGAAGGAGCUGGUGAUGGUGGUGAAGAAGAAGAACUGUGGAUUGAGGCAGCUGAGUCAAACACUGAUCUGGCAGAUGAUAUGCUAGGUGGUACAGAUACUCCACCCCAAGCUCUUUCUCGGUCUUUACCUGGAGGAAAGAACCCGGUAUCUGUUCUAAUGGAGCAUAGCCAGCGCAGUGGGCAUGCCAUCCAGUUUAUCAAGACAGGACAGGAAGGGCCACCCCAUGAUCCAAGGUUUAUGUUCCGCGUGCAGGUCGGAGAGCGCCUCUUCCCUGAAGCCUCAGCACCCAGUAAGAAAGCAGCGAAGCAGCUGGCAGCGGAGGAGGCUGUGAAAGAGCUGAUGGGAGAUGGACUACUACAUCUCAACAAGCCUCCAGGUACUUUCUGUCCGCUGGGGGACAACGAGUCUCAGCCAGCGAUUCACGCGUGUCCCUCGCUACCCCCUCUGACCGCAGCUGAGCUCCAGGCAGCUCACGAAGCAGGUGUUGGUGACCUUAUCAAUCACCUGAACAACAACGCUGUCUCCGGCCUUCUCGAGUACGCCCGUGCUCGAGGCUUUGCUGCUGAGAUCCGCCUGGUGGGCCAGUCCGGACCCUCGCACGAGCCCAAGUUUACAUACCAGGCUAAAUUGGGAGGGCGGUGGUUUCCUGCAGUUUGUGCUAGUAAUAAAAAGCAGGGGAAGCAGGAGGCUGCGGACGCUGCUCUUCGAGUGCUCAUUGGAGAAGCAGAGAAAGCAGCACGUACUGGAGAGCUCACGCCGGAGCUGCCAGUGUCAGGCAGUACGAUGCAUGAUCAGAUCGCCAUGCUGAGCCAUCAGCGCUUUAAUGCCCUCACAGCGCGCAUCCAGCACAGCCUUCUGGGUAGGAAGAUUCUUGCUACCAUUGUGAUGCGAAAAGGAUCAGAUACUCUGGGAACGGUUGUCAGCCUCGGGACAGGAAACCGCUGUGUGAAGGGUGAGGAGCUUAGUCUUCGAGGGGACACAGUUAAUGACUGCCACGCAGAAAUCAUCUCCAGGAGAGGCUUUAUCCGGUUUUUGUACGGCGAGCUGAUGAAGCAUUGGGAAAGCCCUGGUGAUGAGACUAUUUUUGAGGUGGCAGACGAUGGGAAGCUGAAGAUCAAAUCUGACAUCACCUUUCAUCUCUAUAUUAGCACUGCUCCAUGUGGCGAUGGUGCUCUGUUCGAUAAGUCUUGCAGCGAGGCAGCCGAAUUAAACGGAUCUCAGCACAUGCCUCUCUUUGAGAAUGUAAAACAGGGCAAGCUCAGAACCAAGGUGGAGAAUGGUGAAGGCACCAUCCCAGUUGAGUCCAGUGAUAUUGUGCCCACCUGGGAUGGCAUUCAGCACGGUGAACGCCUCCGAACCAUGAGCUGCAGCGACAAGAUCCUGCGCUGGAACGUGCUCGGCCUACAGGGGGCGCUCCUUAGCCACUUCAUCCACCCCGUGUAUUUGCGCUCGAUAACUCUUGGGUAUCUCUACAGCCAUGGUCACCUGACUCGAGCAGUAUGCUGCCGAUUGGCUAGAGAUGGGGAUGCAUUCAAAAAGAGCUUACCAGCAAACUUUACUCUUAAUCACCCAGAGGUGGGCAGGGUGAGUGUGUAUGACUCCACGCGGCACACAAGUAAGACCAAAGAGUCCAGCGUUAACUGGAGUCAGCCGGACCAGUUUACCGUGGAGGUGCUGGAUGGCACCAAGGGCAAACUGGAUAGUCCCAAGAUGGAGAUAUCGCGGGUUUCCAAGUCCAAUCUGUUCCGUCUCUUCCACGCUUUGUGCCAGCGUGCGGGCCGGGCCGAUCUGCUGGCACAACCGUCCUACGCCCAUGCUAAGAUGGCCGCCACUUCGUUCCAGGAUGCCAAGAGGCUGUUCUUCCUGGCGCUCAACCAACAUGGAUAUGGUGCCUGGAUCGGGAAGCCCUUGGAAGAGAAAAGUUUCGAGGGAGAAGCCAGAAGCGGAGUAAGUGGGGAUGCGCGGGCGCCGGGCCCUCCGGGUUGCGCCGUUGACCCCAAUAGCUGCUCGGGCUCGAAUAACAACAAUGUUAACUCUGCAGCACAGGGCUUUUAGGGACAGAGAGAGCAAAGGACGGGAUAGAGGGAGAGGAAGAACGGCCAGCAGCAAGAGAGAGAGAACUGAGGAGAUUUGUCUUGAAGAGACCGAACCAGGGUGAGCCUGUGGCUUUGGGAUUUGAACUUUAACCAUCAUGACAAAGCAGAAAGGGAUGCUGCCAUGGCAACUGAGCUAUAAACCCAAGGCAAAUUGGACUUGAUGAGACAUGAAGUAGAUAUUUUUUUUAGAAAGCUGUAACUACAGGGUUGCAUUUGUUUUAGUGUGUUUCCCUCUUAUUUUUUCCCGUUUGCUCCCAUCACAGUACUGUGUUAGGUGAACGCGUGGCCACAACGCCGUUUCUCACUACUUCCUGUCAUUGUCCAUUGGAUUCGUAUAAAAGAUUUAGGUAUUCCCUGAUUCAAUAAAAAGAUGAAUGGCGGGUGAUGCUGGUCAGGUCAUGGAUUAAAUGGUUUAAAAGGUUACUUUUAAAAAUUGUCAUUUGUUCACCGUCAUGUUGUUCCAAACCUGCAAGGUUUUUUUUCUGCUUCUGUGGAACGUGAAGGAAGAUAUUUUGAGAAAUGUUUUUGUGCAUACAGAAGAAGUCAAUGAUCACCAGAUUUGGUUAACAACAUUUGUUGGAAAUAUCUCCUUUUGUGUUCUACAGAUAUAAAGGAAUCUAUACAAGUUUAAAAUGACACGAGGGUGAGCAAAUAAUGAUAGAAUUUACAUUUUUGGGUGAUCUAUCACUCUUAAGUUGAUCAUCUUAUAUUAAUUUAUCAUUGAUCUAUAAAGUUCUGUGUUGUAAUUUAUUUAUUUUCUUUUUUAUGUUGCAGUAUGUGAAGUUCCACAUACGAACCUGGACUAGACUGCUUGAAAUGUAUACAUAAUGUAAAUACAGAUACAUAUGCACACAGAUGUAUAUAUAUAAGGUCUGCUGAACGAGUUUAUAUAUAUAUGCGUGUGUGUUUAUGUAUGUGUAUAUAUUGUAUGUAUAUAUUUUGUAAUGAUUCGUAUCUUUGAAAUCACAUUAUUUUCUAUCUUUUAAUUUUUAGAAUGUGUUUUAUAUGAGGUGUGUAUGCUCUAUUUUCUCUAUUGUUUAUGUGAGUUGUUUGACAGGCUCAUGGUAGAUAUUGCAUGCAGCCAGAUAGUCUACAUUUUGAUUUGUGAAGGCUAUAGCAGGCAAAUGAACAGCACAAAUCAAUCAUAUGCACAUUUGUACGUGUGUGUGUGUGUGUGCGCAUCUUUGUGGAUAUAAACUGUUGUUUGGAAUAUUAUUUGCCCUGCUAAUGUUUAAUGUGUUCAGACACCUUUAAUUGAUGCAAUGCUUCAAGACUAAAGCAAUACCAACGUUUCUCUUUCCUUUCAGCAAAUGUGAAUCUGUAUGCCUCCAAUGUCUGUAUGCCUACUCACAUUCUUUUAAGAUUAGUUCUGUUCUGUUGAAAGUAAAGAAUAUUUUCUUUCCAUGUUAA